AUGACGCUCUUCAUCCUCACCGAGACUUCUGCGGGCUAUGCCCUGCUCAAGGCCAAGGACAAGAAGCUGCUGAAGAAGGAUGAUUUGGCCAAGGAGACCGAGACUGCAGAGGGUGUCUGCAGUCUUCUCAAGUUGAAGCAAUUUCACAAGUUCGACAGUGCCAGUGCGGCGCUGGAGGAGGCUGCGGCAUUGACAGAUGGCAAGGUCACGCCAACCCUCGCCAACAUGCUCAACUCGAUCAAGGAGGAGAAGAAGGUGUCUCUUGCUGUCGCUGACCCCAAAUUGGGCAACGCGAUUGGCAAGCUCCCAGGCCUUCAAAUCACGCCCGUCUCCGAUUCCAGCACUGCCGACCUCUACCGCGCUAUUCGAGAGCACCUCCCUUCGCUCAUUCCAGGACUCAUGCCUGAAGACCUCAACACAAUGUCUCUCGGUCUCUCGCACAGCUUAUCUCGGCAUAAGCUCAAGUUCUCCCCAGACAAGGUGGACACAAUGAUUAUCCAGGCUAUUGCUCUACUGGAUGACCUCGACAAGGAGCUCAACACAUACGCUAUGAGAGUCAAGGAGUGGUACGGCUGGCACUUCCCAGAGAUGGCACGCAUUAUCAACGACAACCUGGCAUACUCCCGCGUUAUCCUCUCCAUGGGCUUCCGAUCAAGCGCGAGCAACACUGACCUCUCAGAUAUCCUCCCCGAGGAGAUCGAGGGCGCCGUCAAGGGUGCUGCUGAGGUCUCUAUGGGUACAGAGAUUACCGACGAAGAUCUCGAAAACAUUCAAGCGCUCGCCGAGCAGGUCGUAGGCUUCACCGAAUACCGCCAACAACUUUCAUCAUACCUGUCCGCACGUAUGCAGGCCAUCGCACCUAACCUUACAACACUCGUCGGAGACCUUGUUGGCGCUCGCCUGAUCGCUCACGCCGGAUCCCUCAUGAACCUUGCCAAAUCCCCAGCAUCGACCAUCCAGAUCCUUGGCGCCGAGAAGGCGCUGUUCCGCGCACUCAAGACGAAGCACGACACUCCCAAAUACGGUCUCAUUUACCACGCAUCUCUCAUUGGCCAAGCAUCUGGCAAGAAUAAGGGUAAGAUCGCUCGUAUGCUUGCCACCAAGGCCGCACUUGGUCUUCGUGUCGACGCUCUUAGCGACUGGGGCCAGGCUGGCGAGGGCGAGAAAGAAGAGCCUACCGAGGAGGAGAAGGCCAGUGUGGGCAAUGCAGGCCGUGCCAUGGUCGAGAGAAGGUUGCGAGGACUGGAGGGCAAGCCACUCAAGGCGAACACCGUUGCGAUUGGGCCUCAAGGCCAGAAGCAGGAGCAGCCUGGCAAGUGGGAGAUCAAGGAGGCUAGGAAGUACAACCCAGAUGCGGAUGGUCUUUCAGCAGACGCUAAGCCCCAGCUCACCAACGGCGACGCUUCGUCGAGCAAGAAGCGCAAGAUUGAGGAGGUCUCGGAGCAGGCUGAGGCGGGCGACGAGGAAGACAGUGAUGACGAUGACAUGGACGUGACCAACCUCGUGAACGGCUCUGCCAAGUCAUCAAAGACUGAAGACAAGGAGGCGAAGCGAAAGAGGAAAGAGGAGAAGGCGGCAAAGAAGGCCGAGAAAGCUGCAAAGAAAGCCGAGAAGGAAGCCAAGAAGGCAAAGAAGGCCGAAAAGGAGGCAAAGGACAGCGGUAAGAAGCGCAAGCAUGAUGACGACGAGGAGCCCAAGAAGAAGAAGCACAAGAGCAAGGCAUAG